AUGACGGAAAACAAAACUUCGAUAAACGGUUAACAGCGCAGUGUUCACCACGGUGCGCUUAACAGCACGCACUGCCGGUCGUGGUGAGUUUAGCGUCACGAGUGUGGUGGAUACCGCAGCUGCUGGAAAUUGCCGCAAAAAGAGAAGAAAUAACAAAACAACAAAAAGAAACAGCGAUUUUAUAGGCCUUUAAUUAUCUGAUAAACUCCCCGAUGGCCGAUAAGCACCGGCUAAAGAACCCAUAAGAUCCAGAUAACCAUUGGGCCCCAGAGUCGAUUGGAAUCGCCACGAAUAACCAUCCGGAACUCACUUGAGCGUCGAAAAGUCUACAAAAUUCCAUCAUAAUGCCCGAAUACGUACCGGCACGGGGCUUCAAGGAGAUGGAGAAUUUCCUCAAGCUCUACGACAACCAGCGGAAUCCCAUAUACAUCUACUUCUACGGCGAGAAGGAUAAACAGGGACGCAGCUGGUGUCCCGACUGCGUGGCGGCGGAAGAUACGAUAAUGGCUGCCUUUCGGUCGCACGCACCGGCGGACUGUAUAAUCCUGGUGGUGGACGUGGGCAACCGGGAAUUCUGGAUGAGCAAGGACAAUGAGUUCCGUAAGCCCCCCUUCUCGGUGGAGGGAAUCCCAGCCCUGCUCCACUGGAAGGGCGUGGCGAGACUCGAUGGCGAUCAGUUGCUGAAGAAGACUCUUCUGGAGCUUUUCUUCGAGGAGACCAAUCCGCGCAAGAGCAAUGCUGGCACUCAAUAAAAUGCGAUUUGAGUCGAAACGAGA